UAAUUUCUUUUUUUUUGCUCUCUUUUCCCUCUAGAAUUUGACGUCAACAUUUAACUGAGCUCCAACCACGUGACAGUGUUUGCCAGGCUCUGGGGAUACCCAGAGCAGUGAGACCUGAAUUAUUAUUACUGUAUCCAGUCGGCUCUCUUCUAAUCCGGAAAUUGAACCGUACGCUCUGAAUUCCCAUUUUCUGCCGCGUCCUUCCAAUCAUUUAUUUGCUCAUUCACUCUUCAACUGUAAAUUGAACAGUGCUAGGCCCUAUCUUAGCGGAAAGAGUUAAAACAGCUGAGUCAGCUAUGGUCCUUGCUCUAAAGGGGCACAUAGUGCAGUAAGGGGUGCAGUCAAUACACAGAAUUCAAGAACGAAACCAAACCUCUUGCAGCAUGGUGGACUUCAACUAAUGGCGACCCCAGGUGUUACGAAGGAGAACUGCUCAAUAGGAUUUUCUUGGCUGUGGAUGGUCGGGCCUUUCUUCUGUGGCGGGCCACUAGAUGGGUUGACACCACCAACCUUUAGGUUAGUAGUUAAGCACAAACACCACCCAGGGCCCUACCAAGCAGAAAACCCAUUGCCCCCAGAGACAGAGUAGACCUGCCUCAUAGGGUUUCCAAGGAGCGAAUGGUGGAUUAGAACUGCUCACAUUUUGGUGUGCAGCCAAACGCUUAACCACUGAGCCACAUAAGAUAGAAGUCUACAAAGGAGAGAUGAGAACAAGAAAAGGAGCAGACUUUUUGCAAAGAUAAUGAUCUAAUACAGGGUCUUAAAGUACCAGUUUACUGGGUUUCUUUUCUCAUCGGAGCCCCUUUUAAACCAAGCCUCCUUUUGAUUUCUUUCGUGUUCUUCUUUCACUACACACUCUCCCGUUUCAGUUUGAGCAAUUUCAUUCAGCGUAUUUCAAACUGUUUAACAACCCCUUUUAUAAAGCAAAAAGCAAACAAGCAAAAUGCCCCCUCCCAAAAACUCUUCUAUGAAGAGUAAAUAUUCAACUAUUCCCCAUAAAACUAGCAUGCCUCUGCUCCUUUAAGCGAUUUUUUAAAAAAUGUGGAGAUAAAAGAAGGAAAAGAUAAAAUUCCAAGCAAGGUUUUCCCUUGCUUCACAAUCUCUUUGGUGGUUUGUCCUCACCGGAUUUUGAUUAUCGCUAUAUUGAGAAAUUUGCUCUGACCCGUACUGAAAGACUGAUUAUAGAGUGUGAACUACAAUUCCCAGCAAGCAGGCGAACCAACCUGUUCCUGUUUCUGCCUCUGAUUGGCUAGUGUAGCCUGGGAGACGACCCAACCAGCGCUUCGGUUGUUGCUAUGCUGUGCUUUCGGCGGGGAACUGUGUAAGGGGUGGGGGAAACUUUGAAAGUUGGCUGCUGCAGACCGGUUAUUUUUUUCUUUGCUGGUUCUGGAGGCAUGGCUGGCAAGAAACUAAGACGAGUGGGCCUAUCACAAGAUCUGUGUGAGCGUCUACUCAGGCACCGAAUUGUUACCUGUCAGGACUUUUUGUGUCUCUCCCCACUGGAGCUUAUGAAGGUGACUGGCCUUAGCUAUGGAGGUGUCCAUGAACUUCUCUGUGUGGUCAGCAGGGCCUGUGCCCCACAGAUGCAAACGGCUUUUAGGAUGAAGACCCAAAGGUCUGCUGAUCUCUCGCCAGCAUUCUUAUCUACUACCCUUUCGGCUUUGGAUGAAGCUCUGCAUGGUGGUGUGGCUUGUGGAUCCCUCACAGAGAUUACAGGUCCCCCAGGUUGUGGAAAAACUCAGUUUUGUAUAAUGAUGAGUGUUUUGGCUACGUUACCCACCAACAUGGGAGGAUUAGAAGGAGCUGUUGCAUACAUUGACACAGAGUCAGCAUUUAGUGCUGAAAGACUGGUUGAGAUAGCAGAAUCCCGUUUUCCCGAAUAUUUUAACACUGAAGAAAAAUUACUUUUGACAAGUAGUAAAGUUCAUCUUUAUCGGGAACUCACCUGUGAUGAAGUGCUACAACGGAUUGAGUCUUUGGAAGAAGAGAUAAUUUCAAAGGGAGUUAAACUUGUGAUUAUUGACUCUGUUGCUUCUGUGGUCAGAAAGGAGUUUGAUACACAACUUCAAGGCAAUAUGAAAGAAAGAAGCAAGUUCUUGGCAAGAGAAGCAGCUUCACUGAAGUAUUUGGCUGAGGAAUUUUCAAUUCCAGUUAUCUUGACGAAUCAAAUUACAACCCAUCUGAGCAGAACCCUCGCUUCUCAGGCAGACCUGGUGUCUCCAGCUGAUGAUUUGUCCCCGUCUGAAGGCACGAGUUUGGAGAAGCUGUGAGAUCAAUCCUGAGAGAGCUGUUAACCUGUGAAAAUGUAGCUGUUUAUCACCAAAUACUCUCAGAGGUGCUUCUCAGCCCAAGCCUUACUAUCUAUGGCAGCUUAAAUCAUUAUCAAAUCAUUAUUUAAUCAAUUUCCCCCUCCACUCAGGGUUGGCUUAGAGAAUUCAGAGAUUGCAACUCACGGGUCUUUUUCUGAUUUUAAGGAGUCUCUGGGUAAUGCAGGCAGUUAAGUGCAAUCUAAUUCUGAAAGAUCAUAGCCACUGAAAACCCUCUGGAGCACAGUUCUUCUCUGAAACACAUGGGGUCACCAUGAGUCGGAAUCAACUGGACAGCAACUGGUUUGUUUGUUUUUUUCUGAUUUUGUGUCCAGCUUGCAUUCUUAAGCUGGGAUAAUCACCUUGCCCUUCUUGGUUUAUUCAUCUGUGACGUAGGCUAAAGUUGCCCAUGCUUCUGGUGAAAUUUAAGAAUGAAACCUCACCUGGUUGCAUUUUGAAUUUUGUAAGAAAUCGUCUCUCUGUAUGAGAAUGUUCGGAUCAGCUGUGACCAGCAUGAUUCUAGACAUGAAUUGGAGCAAGCCCAAGCUGAACAGGCCUCCCAGGGGAAGUCACCUAAAACUGGUAUGCCUGAUCCACAAUGUCCUUUGACCAAUUGGCAUUGAGAACCGCGAUGGGCCUACUGAUAAACAGUCUUGCAACUCUAAGCAUACCUGGAGUUUGCAAGGAGUAUGUGUUCGGGUUGAAAACACCCAAGUUAGUAAUGCUAUCUCUCUGAGAGGAUAUGCUUGCAUGUCCUUACUAACCGAAGAGAGAUUGCAAUGGGAAGGGCCUGAUGGAGAAAGAGCAGGAAAGUGUGCGUUGAUCCUUGGAGGACAGAUUAUCAUGUGCCAGGCAAUAGAUUCCACCAUCAGGAAAGGAACCUAGAAGGGCAAGGAGGCCAAUAAGAAAGGAGGUGACUUUUGUUGAUGGGUCACUGUUGUUCAGACUUGGUGGGGGUGAUAAAGAAAACCCAGAAACAUAUUUUACAGCUCUUCUUGGGUUGAAUGAAAAUACUGAUUUUUUUUCGCCUGACCGGAAUUUGACAGGGCCAGUUCAUGUCUGGGUUUUCAGCACUUAAUACAGGGCCCUUUUGUCUUGGGAGGCGGCUGGACUGGUUUUUCCUCCAGGCAGGUGCAGAGAGGGCGUUUACUGUAGCCUGAAACACAAACACCAAGCCCCUACGUUCUAAGCCACACACUUUCCAGUGUGGCUUAAGGAAAUAAAGUGAACAAUAUCUCUUGCAACAGGCAAGCACUGUAAAUGCCACUCCUGAGUGAAAUACUUCUUAAAACUUUGUAUCCGUAACUUGAUCAUCUCUUAAAACUUAAUUAUAUGUCAGGGGAAGGGAAGCUAUUGGCUCUUCCAGCUGUCCAGGUUGAACGAGAAUGCACAAUGGAGCAUAUCCGAUUCACGGCCUUACUUAGGUAAUCAGAUUAAUAUCACCCGAAUUGAAUUUACCCUUUUGAUAUGGAGUCUUUCAGCUGCCUUGUUUCACAUCUCAAAUUCUGACAAAGCUGCUCGCCUUUGAGUAAUUUCCCUGAAAUCUAUACACGGGAAGCCUGUGCUCUUUCGAGCACUUUUUGGGACUUGUACCAAUUAAAUCUGUUUCUGGCACACUUUUAAUGGCAUACUUUCCCCCGAGUCAACAACUGCUCCAAAAUCUGAGGUCAUUUGUUUAAUUUAAAAGCAAAGGUUAUGGAACAACCAUUUCAGGCCUCACCAGCCAAGCCCCUGUGGCUUUGAAAAGGUGAUGAGGCAGGGGAGAGGCUCAUAAGCUGGAUUUCUGAUGUACAAAAUAAAUUAUUCUGUUUUUGUUAAAUCUGUAUCAAACCAGGUUCGUCCACACCCUCUCUGCUAACCUUGCUCUCUCUUCCUCUUCAAACUCCUCCUUUUCUUCUGGGGCUUUCAUAUUCUUGACUGAGGUUUCCCCACUUGCUGUUGUUCUUGCAAAACAAACAUCUGGUCUGGAUUUUUGUCAGCUGGAGUUGAGAGAGAACUGUAAAUGAUGCAGUGAUUUUUUUUUUUUUUUGUCCUUAUUAAAUUUAUUUAUAGCCAGUAAUGGCUAGAACCCUUGAUUAAGGAGCCCUGGUGGUGCAAUGGUUAAGUGCUCGGCUGCUAACCUAAAGGUAGGCAGUUUGAACUCACCAGCCGUUCCACAGGAGAAAGAUGUAGCAGUCUGCCUCUGUAAAGAUUACAGCCUAGGACACCCUUUGGGGCAGUUCUGCUCUGUCACGUGGGGUCACUAUGAGUGGAAAUCUACUCAACGGCAAGAGGUUUGGUUUUUUUUUUUUCUUCUUUCUUUCUUUUUUUUUUUUAGAGCCCUUGAUUGUAGGUUCUGGAGGAACAUACAGUGGAUGGUAUUUCCCCCCUGCUAUUUUCUAAAUAAUAUCAAGGGUGGAAUUACAUGAUUCUCUAUUUGGGUGUUCUUGUUUUGUUUUCUGUGUUGUCGUUGUUGUUUCUUUUUCCUGACGAACCUUUCAUUAGGACAUUUUGUGCAUCAGAAUUCUUCUGUUAUAUCAGCUUAUCCAGUAUGCCUUCCUCUCUGUCAGUGAGAGAAAAGGGAAUGUAACUAGUAGGGUUUUUCUGAAGAAAUGCUGUGAUGGAGCGAGUUCCUGGCUGCUGUAGACAUGCAACCAGUGACACAGGCACUUCCUUUGCCAAAGGAACACGGCUUGGAUCUUAUUCCUACCUUUUCCACUUAACAACCUGUAAAAUCUUCAAGUUGCCAAAUCUCGAAGAACCUCAUUCUUUUUCUCAUUAUUCAAAAUAACAAAAGCCCCCAUAAGGGGCUUGAUGAAAUAAAUUAUAAAACAUUGCUGUGCCCUUAGACCUUAUUGAAUCACAGUGCUUGAGGGUUAAUAUAAUAAUUUAAGAAACACAACCUUCUAGAUGAGGCAGUCAGAUGACAACUUCUUGAGGUCCCUGCCAGUUUUAUGAUUUGAGAUGAUUCUUUGAUUUUUCUAUCACUGGUGUUUAUAUCUCUGUCAUUAAAAAAUGAAUAAAUAAAAAAGGAGGCAGUUUGGGGAUGAGGCUUGCUACCCACAGGCAUUGUCUUCUCCAGAGAAGAGACUACUCAGCUUCCUGCCACCCAAGUGAGCAUCCUCAUCCUGAACAAAGGAGCUCUCUUCUUGCUAAGUGUUAGUCUCUGUUGUUAUGAAAGUGAUUUGAAACCAAAUGAACUUUCUUUUGGAAAUGCUGCAGUUGGUCUCUGCCCAUAGACAAUACUGAGAGGGAAGGCUCUUAGAACACAGAAGAAAAAUUCCUUGCUGUAAUAUCCUGUUGUUGUUGUCUUGUGUCAAUGUGUUGAUUGCAACUCAUAGUGACCCUCUAGGACAGAGUAGAACUGCCCUAUAGGGUUUCCUAGGCUAUAAUAUUGAUGGGUGACACCACUUAUUUCAGUGAUGGGCCUAUGAACAUAGCUUUGAUACAGCACCAUUCUAUUUUAUGAUGUUCCUGUGUCACUUGAACACUGAUGUUCCAUCUUUAGUUUUUAAAAUGUUAAUCGAUUAUUUCAUGAGUUAUCUUGCUACAGCAAGACCCAUCUUUUAUGCUGUGUUAAUUAAGAGCCUUCAUUAAUUAAUAGAGCAUAAAAGAGCUCAUGUUCUCCACCAAGAAAGCCAGCUCUGUUUCAUCUGUCUAAUGGGAAACAUUUGAGGCAGACCAGCCUUCAUUAAGUGGCUGGUACCGAUUUUUCAGUGAUUAAAUAAAACGCCAAGUCCGUGGUGCUGGUAUCAGCAGUGAAAUGAGCCACAGAGAGGAUAUUACUCGUCACAGUGUCACAAUUCAGGACUCUGGAUCAGAAAAUGGGAGGCCAGUAAAGAACAUUUAUUUUCAUGUAGAGAAGAAAGCAGAAUCAGAGAGGCAGAGAGAAGUAAAGGGCACAAGACGAAAUCCAGUUGGACAUUAAGAAACACUACAUCUUCCAAGAUCAAAAAGCCAAAGAGUUCUGCUAAAUUUGGCUUUUAUCAUUUUUGGAGAUGAAAAUCACAGAAUGGAUGAAGGGAGAAAGCUAGGAGCAUAGAGUUCUCAGUCUGCACUUAGAAUCUUCCAUAGUAUUUUCCAAAUAACCGUAACAAUAUAGAUACUAAUAAAAAUAGCAUUUAUUAAAUCCCCCUAAAGAAGUGUCUUUAAUGACAGUGUCGCUUGUUGUAAAACAUUCCAGCUAGUGGUAGAGUUGGGAUAUUUACUGUAGAUAUGGCAACUGGAGUUGACACAGAGCCGCAGGUAUUGGACACUAACAGGCUUAGUUCUCCCAACCAAAGAAAUCAGUAAUCCCAGAGAAAAGGUUAUUCUGGCUGUGGAGCUUAGGGAAUUUCAACAGAGCGUGAUGGUUUUAUAUAAGGAAUAAUCUUAGACAUGCCAGGAUGUUACAUGUAAAUUUACUUGACUUCGUAUUAUGAGGAAGCAUAAUUUGAUGAAUAAGUAAGAUUGUUUGCAAGGUGUCAUUUGAAUAUCCAUGCCUGACAAUAGCUCCAAAAAAUUCUUUGAUUUAUAUCUUUUUUUCUAUAAUUCAGGCUCCAAAAUUAGUUUUGAAUCAGUCAGUUGCUUCAUCGAUGGCUCCUGGGGAGAUUUGUAAAGGCUUAUGAGGACGCACACAUCUCUCCUACAUAAAACUCCUUUCUCUGGCAUCUUCAGCCUUGGUGGUAUUGGGUAGAAGAUCAGAUACCUUAUUCACUCUAGGCUAGGAAGGAUGACAUCAAAGUUUUGUGAGUUACUUUGCCCUCCGGCACCCAAAUCUGAUUUCCUCUUAUCACCAAUGGAUUUGUAAAAGUUCUAGCUUUCAUCCUCUGUGCUUGCUACUUUUUACAAUGUCUUGAAGCCUGUAAACCCCGUGUUGUGUUGUCAGGUGCCGUCGAGUCAGUUCCUACUCAUAGCGACCCUAUGCACAACAGAACAAAACACUCUCCGGUCCUGCGCCAUCCUUACAACCGUUGUUAUGCUUGAGCUCAUUGUUGCAGCCACUGUGUCAAUUCACCUCGUUGAGGAUCUUCCUCUUCUGCUGACCCUAUACUAUGCCAAGCAUGAUGUCCUUCUCCAGGGACUGAUCCCUCCUGACAACAUGUCCAAAGUGUGUAAGACGCAGUCUCGCCAUCCUUGCUUCUAAGGAGCAUUCUGGUUGUACUUCGUCCAAGACAGAUUUGUUUGUUCUUUUGACAGUCGUGGUAUACUCAAUAUUCUUCACCAACACGACAAUUCAAAGGCAUCAAUUCUUCUUCUGUCUUCCUUAUUCACUGUCCAGCUUUCACAUGCAUAUGAGGCAAUUGAAGAUACCAUGACUUGGGUCAGGUGCACCUCAGUCUUCAAGGUGACAUCUUUGCUUUUCCACACUAAAAGGGUAAAUCCUUUGCAGCAGAUUUACCCAAUGCAAUGUGUCGUUUGAUUUCUUGAUGGCUGCUUCCAUGGCUGUUGAUUGUGGAUCCAAGUAAAAUGAAAUCAUUGACAACUUCAAAACCCCAUGGCAGGUAUGAUAUUGAUGGAGAACUCCACGCUGUUGUCAGGACCACCGUUUUUGUCAUGAGUGCUUGAGCUGGGGCACAUCAGGCUGAAUGUGAAGCAGGUGAGGCCAGUCUUUUUAAAAAUCAAAUAACCUUUGUCUUUAAGGAAACUAGUUUGUCUAAAAAUAAAAUUUAACUAUACAAGGUAGUGAGCAGCCUUCCACAUGUGAGCCGGGUUCCAGCAUUUUUUCUUGCUUUUUCUUACUAGACCCUUUGCAAGCCAUUCUGCUUCCUCUCUCACAGACUUCCCCAGGAUGUUACAGUGAUGGUGCAGCUCCUUUUGUGGAAAGAUCCUAGGCCAUGUUAUUCUCCUAGCAGGCAGCUCUUAUCACCAGACAGCUAACUGGCAAGGAAAUUAGCUUGUGGUCUUUCAUCCAUUGCCUCUUAACCUCCCUGGCUAUCUCCCAUCUUUUCCUGCCCUGUGCACCUCAUCAUUGUGUGAAUGAAACCCACACAGAAAGUUUCUGUGAGUUGUGGGAUACAGACAGGGAUGGAUCACCCAAUAAGCAAGGUGUGCAUGGGCUUACAUGUAAUACUGUGCACUACAGAUUAGUAAGGAAACACAAGUAAGCCUGUAUGUACUUUGUUUACUGGUUAAUCCACCCCUCAAUACAGAGUAGAUUGUUGGUGCCAUGUCUACCUUGUUAACUACAGCCCAACAUGUAAUCUAGAAAGAAAAAAAAAAGACCAAGAAAAUCAGUUUUAACAGACUACCCCUAGGCAGCUUUGUCUGAAGAGGAAAUCAUUGCAAGAAAAUGAGACUUAAUAAGCAGGCCAUUUGGGAAGCAGGCAAUGGCUAUUUUAAAGGCUUGAAGUUUUAACAUAUGUGUAUGCCUUCUUUUUUUUUUCUCUCUCAUCUCUUGCAAAUGGAUAAUGGUUUACGUCAGGAGAAAAUUCAGGAAAAAACCUUUUUAAAAAAAAUUUUCAGGAAAUCUGGCCACUGUUUCUUCAGCCAGUGAUAAAUGACAAUGCCACCAGCAGUGGCCUAGGACAUCCUGGAUUCUUGCUCUUAUGAAGAGCUUGCAUUCUCUUUGCAAAGGGUAUCCUGUUCCUGUUGCAAUCCUCAUGCUAUCUCAUCUCAAGAUCAUCUUUUCCCUCUAUGUUAUCCUACUUAAAAUAGCACCACUGCUGUUUAGAAGACUCUACCCAUGGAUGUUGAUGUUAUCUGGGGAGACGACAGGACAAAAAGAGAAGGUAGCUGAAUAUGGGCCCCAAACAUGCUAUAAUCUAGCAAAUUGACCCAUUGAAACUCACUACUGUUAUUUCAAGUCAUGGUGUAAAAAUCAAGUAAAUAUUAUUUUGUCCAUUUGUGCGGAUAACUGAACACUCUUCAUUUACAAAGUCUCAAGUCUAUAUAGAAUGGUAGCACCAUGGAAGAGAAAUGUGCUGUUAAAAAAAAAAAACAAAACCCUGGUGGAAAGUGGUGUCUCCAAGGGUAAGUUAUAACUGAGCAGCCGUUUCUGAUUAUAAAGAUUUAUUCAGUUGGUCUGCACUGACACUACCUAAAUAAGUGGGAAGAACAAAAUGCAGUUCCCUGGAGCUUCUCUGUUGCUUUGUAUUCCUGCAAGUUUAAAGCAGAAGAGCCGAUCCACUAUUCUGCUGUCUUCCAAUUUAAAACAGAUUGAAAAUGAAAGCCCAGAGGGAAAAGAUUCUAUCGUUUUACCUCCAGUCCAUCCAGCCACCAAAGCAAGAUGGUAGGGAAGGAUCAGUCUUCACAGGCCAUGCAGAUCCCCGCAGCCUUAAACCUGUUGUCUUCUGAGGAUGGCUCCAGCAGCAAUUGCACCUCUUGUGCCCCUGAACGAAGGCAGCUGGACUUUCAGGAACAAAAAAAUAGUGGAACCCUGGAAACCACUCAGAUAGUUCUCGAAGCCCAGUUAUUCUAGAAUGUCUUAUCAGCAGUUCCUUUCCAUAGUCUAUAGCCUUUGCCAGCAUAAUUAUCAAGCUUUGAUGUUUUCUCUUUUCUACCGUCAUACUCGGUGUGGUUCACCUGGGGAUGCCACAGCCUUUGUAUCUGAAGGAUUAGUGGAAGAUAACAUGUUGCUAAGAGCAAUUUGGAUGGUACUGAAAAAUAUAAGGGAAGAAAUAGAGGGAGCAGCCCCUGUUAACGAAAUAGUCUUGUGAUAAAUAUUAAGCUUGAAAGAGAAGAAUUGUGACCAUUUGGGCUAUAUAUGCCUAAUAUACGUCUGUAUUUGUUUUACCAGCCACAGAAAAAACCCUUGGCCAGGGUGUCUUGAGGAAUCAGACUUAGGGUGGACAAAAUCAUUAGUCGCCGAUUCCCAGCACUAUGCAUCAUAACUUUCAAAGUUUAGGGGAAACGGGCAUAAUGUGAGUUCUGAAGUCAUUCUUGGUUCCUUAUUCAAAACAUUAUUUCGUUUCCAAUUGUGAUUGCUUAUACCUGGUGAAUUCUAAUAUUCUGUGUGGGAAUCACCCUGCUCGGCCAUGGGGACCUUCCCAUCUGCCUCCUUUGUGAAUCUCUCCUCCUUUCAGUGCCUCCAUAUUUGGGUGCUAAAGAGGGGUACAGCAGCUGAAUGUCAUUCUCUUGGGCCUUGGCCCAGACAUGCAUCUUUCUGGAAGGAUGACUGAAUCCCCUUCUUAAAUCUAAAGUUCCUCUUGAUUAGCGGCUCCUUUUGUUUGUUGUUUUUAACGGCAUCUCUCUCUUUCAUAGGCAGCUUACAGGGAUGUGUUUGAGAGUUCCUUCCAGCUGGGAAGCUGCCCAACUCCCACCAGCUGAGUCGGGAGACGACCUCCCUUUAGUUCCGCUGCUGCCUGUGGAUUACAAGGACUCCACUUCCAGCCCUGGCCACAGUGGCCCUUGUCUGCUGUGCAAACUUGGCGUUGGUCUCCGGGUUUUCAUUCUCCAGCCAUCUGGGCAUUUUGAGCACCCCUCUUAUCUCAGUACCUUGGCACUCAGGACCACAUGUCAUCCUAUCAUAGAGACGGAAACAAAGGAAGCCUUCACCUCUGGCCUGUAAUUCCCCUGGAACUAUCAUAAGUUGAGUGACAGGGGAGAUUGUGGGGUUGGGGAUGGGUCUGGAGUGAUGUAAACGGUUUUGCUGAUAGAAUUAUACAGAACAGGGUGACAAUAGCUAGGAUUGUUCAGUACCAGGAUUCUUAGUGACUGGUUUCCUCCCUUUUCCCUUGGCCAUUUUGAAACCUAGAAGCAAGGGGCAUAAAGUCCCCAGUGGCCCCUGAUUGGUGUAGCCUUUCAGGCCUGGCAGCCUAAACGUAGAAGCUGGCAAAUGCUGUGUCCAAGAGGAGUGAAUCUAGCUUCCUACUAAGAAUUCUAAGUGCAUCACCAGCUUUUUAAAUUCCUCCUUCUACCUCUUCAACUACAGACUUUGGGACGGUUUGAUCAGAGCCAUUCCCUUCAGAGACGUACCUGGAAAGAUUAGGCCUAGAGUGCUGAUAGCAAGUCCACUAUAAUCGUUCUGCCUAGAGAAAAAUAAGCAUUUGUUCAAAGGACAGUUUCUCUGCCCACUUCACUCUCACUCCACUGUGUCCUCUCCUGUUCCUACUCCCCAGCCCACUGAACCGUGUGCAGUCAUUCUGAUCCCUCACCUUGCCUAGACCUCUCAUAGAAGUGGUCAGUGAGGCAUCAACCAGCCAAAGAAAUUAGAGCUAAACAACGUUAAAACACUUCCCUUUAGACCUUAGUAGUCGUGUGGGGUUGUAGCUUCUUGAAAGGCAGACUUAAAAUGCUUGCCUCUUUUCACAGAACUGAUUUCACAUUUGGCUCCUGGUCAUUCAUUCCCUAGCAUUCAUGCACGUAUUGGAAGCCCUGAGCUUCCACUUAUUUGAUUGUACAGAGCAAUGUAAUAUUAACAAGGCGUAUCUUGGUUAUGGAGCCAAAAAGGUGAUGCAACUUCAUUUCACACCGAAGUGGGUAGGUAUUACUUAUUUUUGUGGUGCGAUGGAUCGCUAUUGUAUAGCCUUUCUCGCUAAAGUCUUGUAACUCCCACCAAAUGCCUGAGUGGGACUAUGCAGAUGAAGUGCUUAUGGCCCACCAAGGGGAUUUGAUAGCUUGCUAAUAAUGUAGACAAGGUCUUUGGCACCCUUGUGGGGGGUGGAAACAUGCAAAUAAGGUGUACAGAACCCUAAUGAGGGAAUUGGUCAGUUUUGCCAUCCUGCUAGGGAAAAUGAGCCAUCCUGGAGGAGGAUAAGGGGGGACCUCACUACCACCUAGAAGAAGAGACAGGAGUGGAGUGCAUCCUUUGGACCUGGGGUCCCUGUGCUGAGAACCUCCUAGAACCAGGAGACAGAAAGAGAGAGACUGUAACACCAAAGAGGGCAUAAGACAGCAAGAAGCAACAUCAGAGAAACAGUGGAAACAGAACCAGACCAGCACCAGACAGCACUGUGAGCCUCCUGGCCCAUGGAGUGAGGCAGCUACAGUGGGUGUGCUGACCUAUGGAGCUAGAGAGCUGAGCGCCUUCGGGCAGGAGGCUUCCUGGCAGAGUGGGAUACCCCCAGGCACUUAUUGGGAGAGCUAAAGAGCUUUGUAACACUUUCCUGAGCAGGGCAGAGGUGGGGCUGAGAGGGUGCCAAGGCCAGAGAGAGACCUGCCAGUGACACGGCUGAGAAGAGGCUGUGUUGGUCGAAGAACUGUAUCCUGAGUCAUUCCUGAUUCUGAAUUGUAACCUGUUAUUUCUCUACCAAAACCAAAACCAAACCCAGUGCCAUCAAGUCGAUUCCGACUCAUAGCUACCCUGUAGGAUAGAGUAGAACUGCCCCGUAGAGUUUGCAAGGAGCGCCUGGUGGAUUCGAACUGCCGACCCUUUGGUUAGCAGCUGUAGCACUUAACCGCUACGCCACCAGGGUUUCCUUGUUUCCUUAACAAGCCCCAUAACUUUGAGUAUGGUCUGUGAGUUCUGUGUGACCACUGCAACAAAUUGUUGAACCCGACAGAGAAGUGGAGAAUGCCAUGAGAGGGACAGCUGGUGUCAAAAUUGGCAAAAAGUUUGGAGAGAAGAAGUAUGUCUGACAUCCGCCUUAUAGGAAUCAGCCUUGGGCUGUUGAUUCUCCUUCUCCCUUGUGAAGUUAGACAAGGAGGCCUGACGACACCAUCGCACCAUUUUUACAAUUUUUUAGUAGUUGAGGCAGCAGAGACAUAGGGAAGGUCAGUGAUUCAGGAUCAUCCUUUAUAUCCAAACUUUGGUCCUCUGGUCUCUGUGAUAGGCCACACUGAUCACUUUCCUAUAGAGCAUGUGACUGAUUUAACUGGAGCCAUGGGUUCUAAAUUUUGACUCCCCCUCCCCGCCCACUACUACCACCAUCCAGUAGCCAGAACCUAGUUAGUUUUUGGUAGAAAGCCAACUAAUGACAUUUCGCGUGGAUUCUACCCAAAGGCCUUUCAGUCUUUGUCUCAUUUUAGUUGUACAUCUCAUCCAAGAUCGACUCUCUGUGUAAAAUAAACUCCCUCUAGUUUCCACAGUUUCCUUCCCAGAAUCACCCAUUGUUAGUCCCUGGUCUUCUGCCUGGCAAGCUUGGAAGAAACAAUGGAAUACAGACUGAUGGUUGCUUCCCAUGCUAACGAAUGAUGCCCUGAUCUUUUAUGUAUCUGUAAAUGAGUGAAGAAGGAAUGCAUAUUCUCUGGCAUGAGCACUGGCUCUACCACAUGGUUUGAAGUAAAUGGCCAUUUUAUUUCACAUUAGGAGGAGAGGCUUGAAGCAGCUUGGCAGCAGAUCUGUGGCCAGGUAAUUAAGAACUAUAGCUUUCUUCCACAUAGGAUAUUAAAUACCCAUCUUUGGUCAGAUCAAAGCAGGCCUCUUGGACUAUCUGAUAUUUAUAAAAGGCCCCAUGUUGGGCCAGGACAACACGCUGUACAUGUAUUGCUUGCAAUGUGAAAAGGAAAAUAUAAGACCAUUUUAGCGUGUGUAAAUAGAUCUGCUAGCAUUUGUACCUCUUAAAACUCAAAGCAAAACUUGCACUGACUUAUAUUGAUUUCCUACUACUAAAACAAGUCAUUGUCUCUCAGAGUUUGAAGAAAAGUGAAUAUUAACUGGGGCUUUUCUGAAUGCAGACAGCAGCAUUGCUAUUUGGGUGAUGUUAUAAUAAAUAAUAUUGAAUAUACUGUGGACUGCCAAAGAAGGAACAAAUCUGUCUUGGAAGAAGUACAGCCAGAAUGCUCAUGAGAGACGAGGAUGGUGAGACUUCGUCUCACAUACUUUGGAUAUGUUGACAGGAGAGACCAGUCCCUGGAGAAGGACAUCGUGCUUGGUAAAGUAGAGGGUCAGUGAAAAAGAGGAAGGCUGUCAACAAGAUGGAUUGACAUAGUGGCUGCAACAAUGGGCUCAAGCAUAACAAUGAUUGUGAGGAUGGCACAGGACUGGGCAGUGUUUCGUUCUGUUGUACAUAGGGUUGCUGUGAGUUGGAACCAACUCCAUGGCACCUAACAACAACAUAAUAGGUAAUAUCUAAGUCUUACGUGCCAUUUUCUUUAGAGCAUUAACAAGUAGAGUUUAUUUAAUCCCUCAUUCAUUUCCUUGAUAUCUCAUUGAGACAGUUUGGGUACUGGUGCUAUGUUCUCUAUCUGUAAAGUGGAAAAAAAACAGAGUAUUAAGUUCAACUUAGACGUAUUACAAGAAAGAAUACAGACAUUUGUGACCUGUGUUGCCAAGAUGCUGCCUAGAGCUUUUAAACGUUGUAAGUUCUGCAUUUCACCUAUCCCAGGGGGGCCUGAACAGUGUAUAACUUGGUUGAGGGGACAAUAGGCCUCUGGCCAGGUUGUACUGGGCAAACAAAUGGAACUGGUUCCAGUUUACUAACCUGGUACAAAUUAUGUGUUGGUCAUGGAAGUGUUUUUCAAAUCAUGGGGAGCCACUAGUGAAAAUCCAUCGGUGCUUUGAUGGUGGCCCUUGGAGAUGCUUUUAUAAUUUGAAACCAUUCCCAGUGGCAGGCCCAGGGAGAGGUCUUACUUCAGCCAAGAUGCAACAUUAGGCAGAAGAAAAGGGACCUUUCUGGCUAGUUUGACCCGUGGGUGGGCCCUGUUCCACAUGUUUCUAAUUAGGUAUGCAAGUGAGCAUAGAUAUUCCAUGGCGACUCUCCUUUCCUUCUCGGCUAUGAGAUAGAACAACAGCGCCUUUGUGAUGACCUCUGCAGAGCCGUUUACAUUCGUUGACCUGCCUGAGCACUCUGGCCAGAGUGGAUGCACCUCCUGGCUUACAAGAAACAGCCACGCUGUUGCUAUGACAGACUUUGGAGGUCAAAGUGAAAAAUAAGGUGUUUUCCUUGUUGUUCAGUAGUCUGAGUUCUUUUUGUUUUUUUCCUUUUACACACUUAUCAAGGUAUAAUUUACAUACCAUAAAAUUCACUCAUUGUAAGUGUACAAUUCAGUGAUUUUUAGUAAAUUUCUAGAGUUAUGCAACCAUCACCUCAAUACAAUUUUAGAACAUCAGUUGGACUUAUCUUGAAAAUACCAAAUAAUAAUCAUAAUUGGAAUGCAGGUCAUGAUGAAGUGCAAAACACAUUUUUGAGGCUAUCUUAGGCUAGGGAAGGGGACCACCCAGGAAGUCACUGGAGACAUCUAAAUCCCAAGUUUCUCAAAGUGCAUGAGGCCUUGAGAUGAGCAUUUAUGUUUAGGGAGAGCUUCCAUGUUUUUGCUCACCGAAUGGUAUGAUCUACAAGAAACAGUUUGGUACAUAUCAACAUCGAUUAAUGUUUCCUGGUUUUAAAGAGAAGGUGCAGAAGAUGAGACUGUGGACCUUCCCUUCAAAGAGCUUAUAGUCUACUUUGAACAUCUCAUCAAAUGUUCAUUUGCAUGCCUGCUGAUUUCCAGGUAUUAUGCUAGGCACUGCUAACAUGCAGAUGAGUGGGAGAAGGUUCCUACUUUCUGAGCGCUUGUAGUCCAGUCAUUUACUUAUAAACAGAUAAUUUCACUAUGACAUCAUAAGUGCUCUGGUAGAGGUAAAUACUGUGUGGUAUCAGAGCAUAAUGAAAGGUCAUCAGUAAAGGCUUCCUAGAAGAGAUGUUACUGAGAAAACAAAGACAUGGCUAAUAAAUGCAUCGAUCCUGCUGACAUCAUCUGAGUGCCUGCCCUCUGCCCCAUUUGGGUGAGGCUCUGUGAGAUCUGGUCACUACCUUCAGAGGGUUUUAUAACUAGUGAGGGAAACAAGCUCAUCACUACUUCCAAUUAGAUAGCUUCAUAAAAAUGGGAAAAGCAAAGAAUGCUAGGAAUUGGGAAAGAAACCAUUUCAGGGAAGACUUUCUAGAAGUAGCAUUUGAGCUCAGUUUUGACAAAUAAGUAGGAUUUCAGCAGGCAUGGGAGAAGAUGAGAGCAAAGGUUCAGGGACAGGAGAGCUUUGGAUGUAUUCUGGAAGCAGUAAUUAAUCCAAGAUGGAUGAAUGCGUAUAUCAUUGGUAGAGGCUAUUUCUAAAACCCUGGUGGUGUAGUGGUUAAGUGCUAUGGCUGCUAACCAAUGGGUCAGCAGUUUGAAUCCACCAGGCGCUCCUUGGAAACUCUGUGGGACAGUUCUACUCUGUCCUAUAGGAUCGCUAUGAGCUGGAAUCUACUCGACGGCACUGGGUUUGGUUUUUUUUUUGAUUAUGUCAGAAACAGGGAAAUCAAGGAAACCGUAAGAUCUGUAUCAAGGAAGACUUGCCAGAGAAGCAGUUCAUACUCACUCUGACCCUUGUGAAUUCCUUAUGCCAAGGUGGUAUGAUUAGUGUUCUUCUUCAGUUUUGUCUUUUGUGAUUCAUCACUGUGGACACCACCCACUGGGCCACCAUCAAAGCUCCAGUGCACUUUUACUAGUGGCUUCCCAUGGUUUAAAAAGGACUUCCUGGACCAGGACAUAAUUUGUGCCAAGUUGGUAAACUGGAACCAGUUCCAUUUGUUUGUCCAGUUCAACCUGGCCAUAGGCCUGCUGCACACUGGCCCAGAGUUUUAAUGUAAUACUUUCAAGAAGACUAAAACAACAACAAUAGCAGCUCCUUGAAACAUUGGUUGCUAACCCUUGAAAGGGUAAUCACUGUACCUGGAUAGCAUUAGGGACUGGAUAGAAGGUCUGAGGGAAAAAAAAAAAAAAGACUGAUACCAUUUGCUUUUAAAAUUCCCAGGGUCCUACAGAGUAAACCAAUUUCUAAAUUUAAAUUGCUGAGGACCUUGAACCUGGGGCUAUUUUAGGAUAUUUUGAAAAGUAAGGAAUAUUAUCGUUUUACAAUCAGGAAGGAAAGAACUCAGUUGGUUUUGAUAUAACCAAGGAAGAGGGAGUUUUGCCUUUCUUUGUUUGCAUGGACUGUUCACCUACUGUAUGGCCUUGUUCACGACAUGGCCGACCUCUCUCUCUGGGUCAGUGUGAAUAGGCAGACUGCAGCUGUAGCUAGAGACAAUGGGCAGCACUGUCAGGUGUUGCCCUUUCGAUCCUAAAGGUUAAUUUCAUAGUAUUUAGUGGCAUCAAAACUACCAAAGAAAAUGCUGCUUCAUAGUUUGGGGAAAUGUAAUUUCUGUGUGUAUAUAUAUAUAUAUGUAUAUUUUUAUAAAGAAUAAAGAAGAGAGAUAUUUGGAAGAAUAUAAGUGAGCCUAUUGGCCUUACUAGACAAGCUAAAUAAGUAAGAGGUGAGUACUCUAACCAGCAUCACGUCUUAAACAUCAGUCUACCAAAAAUGAUUUAAAUGCCAUCAGAGGGGAAGUCCCCUCCCAUUGUUAUUUUUUCUCUAGACUGAGAUGCUUAAAAAAAAAAAAAUUUUUUUAAAUCCCUGUGUGAGGAAAUGAUCUUUAAAAAAAAAGCCUGAAUUUAGUACUGUAUUUGCUGAGAAGUAAUAGUCCUAGAAACAAAUUUUUUGUGUGUUUUCCAAUGCGGUACUAAUUAUAGGUGGGGAUUACUACUUUGCCACUUUGCAGGUUAGAAAAGGCAACUUCUUGGCCACUGCUCAGGGUUUCUAGAUAAAACUCAGGGUGCCCAGCUAAAUUUGAAUUUUAGAUCAACAAUACUAUUUUAUCAUAACUACAUCCCAAAUAUUACACCGGAACAUACUUAUAUUAAAAAUAAUUAUUCAUAGUCUAUCUGAAAUUUAAAUUUCAGUAAGCAUCCUAUAUUUUUAUUUGCUAAAUCUGGCAAACCACAUGACUUCCAUGAUAAUUUUGUCCAAGGAACCUGGGAGCUUUUAUGAUUACUGAAAGUUCUUAUCAGUUUUAAACCAAAACAAAAAAUAUAUGAAAUAAAACCCUAAAAAUAUUAUCGGGUCAGUCAUACAAAGGUGAAGGGAGUUCGUUCUCAUUCCUUUAGCUUUCUCUUGGGAGUGGCCCUCCUACGUUUAGCUCGGAAUCAGACCUUGUAGAAUACCUUCAUGUUUCAGCUUUGUAACUCAGGUGAUCAGGUCAGAAUUGGGGCUGCCUUCUAAAUCCAAAGUACUUAUCUUCUUUAGGAUAGCUCUGGGCCCUCUUGAAUUCUUGCCUCUGUAAAAUACCUACCUGGCCUAGUGAAGUGAAGUCUGACUAGACAUGGCUCUGAGAAUAAUAAUCCAUAGAAUAAUAAUAUAAAAAUAGCUAUCAUUUAUUCAGUGCCUAAUAUGUGCCAAUCCUUUACCUUCACCAUAUUGCCUUCCAACAACCCUAUAAGACAGGUAUUGUUUUCUCCAUUUUACAAUGAGGAAAUGAAGCUCCAGAGAGGUUAAGUAACUGGCCAUAGGUCACAGAGCUAUUUAGAGGCAGAGUUGAGAAUAGCAUUCAGGUCAGUCUGACUCCCAAACCCCUGCCCCUGUGGUACCCUUCGAUCCCCACUCUUCCACUCCCUCCCAAAGCUCCCAGUUUGACUUGAUGUUGGAAUCAUCCAUUUCUUUCCUUGCUGCUUUCUGGCUGAAAUUAAUGGGGGACUUUCCUUCUGAAAUAGGCUCUUAACAAUCUUUGUCUGUGUGUGUCACACAGCAGCUCGAGACAUGGAGACCUGGGCACUGUAAGAUGUUAGCUUUGGUUGCUUUCUAUGCUAUGUGAAAAUGUUUAAACCAAUGGGAAAAACAUCCAACAGCUUUAUUACAACAUUUAAAUGUGUCAUCAUUUUAAUAUCUUUAAAGAGCCUGAAGAGACUUCCAAACAUUAGAAUGUAAAUGGGUAACAGCUACAAGAUGAGCUUACAUAGGAAUCACAUGAUUGUCCCAAAAUCGCUGUUCAUCUAAACUCUGCAGAGCUACUGUAGCACUCAGCCAGAUAUUCUGCCAAAGCCAAAGGGCCUUAGCCCUCUUCACCAUCCUCUCCCUCCUCCUAGCAUUCUUCUUGGUAAAGAAGUAGCAAAAAUACAAUGCCCAGCACCAUUUUCUUUUUGAACCAACACAUACUCCUUCUGGUUCACAGGUUAUAUAAAAUAGUUGGUCAGCAUUUUGUUCUCCUCAUCAAGUAAAAAGUUUUACUUGCCCCAGCUGGGAAAGUUCAUGAAGUUAUCCAUUCCAUUCCCAUAAUCUGCUGUGGCCACAGUUGUUAUGUGUAAAAUAUCCCUAUGGGUGUGGUCUACCAAGUAUCCCAAUAGCAUUUCUCAAACUGUGGGUUAUGGACCCAAGAGCCUGGACGAAUUUUUUUCAUAGGGUCACACUAGAACACUGACUCUUUCUCGGAAAAAGCUGUCUCAGUCUUUCUCCUCUGGCUUGAAACAUUUCUCUCAUCUUUCUUCCCUCUGGCGUCCCUUUAUCUGUCUUAGUCCCCAUUGUGCUGUGUUCCUCCUACUUCCGAUUUCCUUUAACCACUAACUUCUCGACAGUUUUAAAAAUCAAACCCAUCUAAUUCCAAAAGCAAAUUCAAAACAAAGCAACAGGAAACUAGGGGGAGAAAGUGGGUGAAGAGCAUAGUGUUACAGUGUCCGUUCUUAGCUCUAAAAAAAAUAAUUUUUUUUUUUUUUUUUUCUCAGCUCU